UUCAUUUUCACUAGGAUGGAGAAGAUGGAGCUGGCGGCAACGCCGGAAGGCAUUACGUGGCAGGACCGCGAGAUUCGAUUUGACAUUGCCGCUUCUUCGAUGGAACUGCGCAAGGGAGAGGUCGCCAUUGACUCGAUCAAUUCAGUGGAAGACACCAAAGGCAACAACGGGGACCGCGGGUCGCUUGAGAUCACCAACCUGCGGCUGCUCUGGGCAUCGCAUCGGUCUACCCGUACGAACUUGAGCAUCGGGUACAAUUGUGUGCAGUCGGUCAAGAUCCGCACGGCCACGUCAAAGCUGCGAGGGUCCACCCAAGCGCUGUACAUCAUGACCAAGUAUUCCAACUCGCGCUUCGAGUUCAUCUUCACGUCGUUGGUCAAGGCCAGUCCCCGGCUGUUCACGACAGUCCAAGCAGUCUUUAGAUCCUACGAAACCACGAAGCUGUACCGCGACCUCAAGUUACGCGGUGCCAUCAUCCAGGACAAAGAGCUGCGUCUGCUGCCGCACGAGCAAGUGUACACCAAAGUUCCGGGGGUGUGGAACCUUAGCUCGGACCAGGGGAACCUCGGCACGUUCUUCGUGACCAACGUUCGCGUGGUGUGGCACGCCAACCUGGCCGAGAACUUCAACGUGAGCAUGCCGUACAUGCAGAUCAAGAGCGCGCGCAUUCGCAACUCCAAGUUCGGCCCCGCGCUCGUGAUUGAGACGUCCGUGUCGAGCGGCGGCUACGUGCUUGGGUUCCGCGUGGACCCCGAAGGAAAGCUCACCGAGUUGUUCAAAGAGAUCAAGAGCUUGCACACGGUGUUCUCGGUCAACCCGAUCUACGGCGUCGAGUACUCGAUGGAAGAAAAGCCCGCGUCCAUCGAGUUCCUCAAGCAGCCGCGCAAGAUUGACGACAUCGAGAUCGUUGAGGACCAGUCCAGCUCCAUUGACGCGUUCGCCGCCUACUACGCCGUGGCCAACAAGAACCAAGACCGAGCCCCAACCUACUGCAAAGACAUUGGCUUGGCCAUUGAAGGCCUUCCGGACGGGAUUUCCCUCGCGGACCUGUGGUGUGUAACCUAGCUACUGCGUCUACGUAGGCCGCCGCUUUGCCUUGUGCAUAUCAAGACAGUGUUGAAAUGCAUGGCGUGUGUAUAAGACAGUUAUGGACUCGCAUUGUUUUGCAACGGGACGUAAGUGGUGUUUCGGCGACGCAUCUUUCGAUACACGACGACGAGGAUCGCGACCCCCACGGCGGUUGCCGCGACCGUGGAGCCCAUCGUGAACGAACUCAGCGACGACGCGGCGAACUUUUUAGAAGUGGUCGUGCCUGGAGGAGGUGUCGGUUGGGUUGGCGUGACGGUUGGUUUCGUGGUGGAUUCCCUCGGAGCUUUCGAGUUGAUGGGUGUCGCCGUUGUGGCUGGAACGGCAGUAGGUGGAGAUGUGAUCGUGCCUUCGGAUGCGGUUGGGAUGGGGUGAGCCACAAAGGAUGUUGUCGUGGGCUGUGGGGUGGUGAUGAUGUUGGUGACAGCAACAGUGGUUACGUUGGCGGUGUUCUUGGUAGAGUUGAAUGAGAUCGUGGGUGUGCUAGUGGGUGGUGAUGUGAUCACGUCGUCUGGCGCUGUCGUGGGCGGUGGGGUGGUGAUAAUGUUGGUGACUGCAAUUGUUGUCGUAUUCUUGGUCGAGUUGAACGAGGUAAUGGUGGUGCUAGCGGAUGAAGGCACGUAGCAAGUUCGUACACCGGCGUCCUCGGGCUCCAACGCGUUGUCAGGUAGAAGCUCCACACAUGUGGCGUCGCCAUAGUGCUCGAACGUCAACCGAUUGCAGUCGGCUUUCCUGAACACGUUGGGCUGACCUGUCACGGGCACACAUGCGCCGUUGAGCACGGUCUCCACUUCCCAUGGUCCGUGGAGGAUCUGCAUGUACGUGGCAUUGGGGUACCACACGUCCACGCUAGACGUGUUGGCGGAGCUCGUCGAGGUACACGUGGUGGUGACCGCGACGGCCGUCGUGUUGUCGCGCUUGUGGUACACGAGGGGACCGACGCAUGGCGAGGUCGUGGCCAUGGCUCGGCAAAGCGGAAGACGAGAAUGUCACCUCCCGUCAUGGAUAGUCUCUUG